AUGACCGACGACAAAGAUUGUGGAAGGAAAAAGGAGGAAGUAGGUUCCGACCACAACUCUCCAUACUAUAUUCAUGCCUCAGAUUACGGAUUACCCGAGGUGGGUUUCAUAGACGGGACAAUCAAGAAGCAGGAAUCUGAUGCAACUUACAUGGCCUGGAUGCGGUGUGACACAAUGAUCAAGGUUUGGCUGCAUACCGCCAUGGAGAAGGACAUCAGAACCAGCGUGAAAUACGCUUCGACUGCCCAAGAAAUCUGGGCAGAUUUGAAGGAACGAUUUGGUAAAGAAACUGCCCCUAAGGCGUAUGAAAUGAAACAAUCACUUAGUCCUAUCCGACAAGACGGGUCAUCAAUCUCAGCAUACUACACAAAGUUACGUGCAUUAUGGGAUGAAAUCCAAUCAGUCUUCUCUACACCCAUAUGCAAUUGUGGCAAUUGCACUUGCAACAUUGAGAAGAAAAUGGUGGAACUAAAAGACAAAGUAAGGCUAUACGAAUUUCUGCUAGGGCUUGAUUCUAAUUUUGGAACCAUAAGGACCCAAAUACUAGUGAUGAAGUCAAUGACAUCGCUUGGAGCAACCUAUCACCUUGUGACAGAUGUCGAACGACAAAGGGCUGUCUCAGGAAUGAAUGUGACACCCCGUUGA